AUGGGAAAUGGUCUUCCCUCAGCAUUUGGCCGUCCAGAUAGAGGUGGAGAUAGAUAUGGGGGUGGGGGGUUUGAUAGACGAGGUGGAAGAGGGGGUGGUAUGGGUGGACGAUCGGGUCAACCUGGUGAAUCUCUUAGAAAACCCAAAUGGGAUUUAAGCCGUCUACCUAAAUUUGAGAAGAAUUUUUAUAAAGAAUGCCCAACAGUCACCAACAGAUCACCAGCAGAAAUCCAGAAAUUUUUAGACGAGAAUCAAAUUACCAUCUCAGACGGCCAUACUGCACCAAAACCAUGUCUACGAUUUGAUGAAUGUGGGUUCCCAGAGUACGUUUUACGUCAAAUUAAACAUAAUCAGUGGGAAAAACCCACCAUUAUCCAGUCACAAGGUUGGCCUAUUGCUUUAUCUGGGUCAGAUUUUGUUGGAAUAGCCCAGACUGGAUCUGGUAAAACUUUAGGGUUCAUCCUCCCUGCUUUAACUCACAUCAGUGCUCAACCCUAUCUUAACCCAGGAGAUGGACCAAUUUGUUUAGUGCUGGUACCUACAAGAGAGUUGGCCCAACAAGUACAAGCUGUAGCCCAAGAGUUUGGUCAGCUAUCUAAAAUUAAAAACUGUUGUGUUUAUGGUGGAGCACCUAAAGGCCCUCAGAUUAGACAGUUAGAACGAGGUGCUGAAAUUUGUAUUGCCACCCCUGGUAGAUUGAUAGAUCUUCUAGAGUCUGGUAAAACUAAUCUACAGAGAACUACGUAUCUCGUACUGGACGAGGCUGAUAGAAUGUUAGACAUGGGAUUCGAACCUCAAAUUAGAAAAAUUUUAGAACAAGUUAGGCCCGACCGUCAAACUCUGAUGUGGAGUGCCACCUGGCCAAAUGAAGUUCGUAAACUAGCAGAAGACUUCCUGAAAGAUUAUAUUCAGAUUAAUAUUGGAGCAUUAACUCUUGCUGCCAAUCAUAACAUUCUACAGAUUAUUGACGUCUGUCAGGAGUACGAGAAAGAACAAAAAUUAAUGAAGUUAUUAGAUGAAAUCAUGCAAGAAAGAGAAAAUAAAACUAUAAUUUUUAUGGAAACUAAGAGAAAAUGUGAAGAUAUUUCUAGAAAAAUGAAAAGAGAAGGAUGGCCGGUUCUAGCUAUACAUGGUGAUAAAUCUCAACAAGAAAGAGACUGGGUUCUUGGUGAAUUCAGGUCUGGUAAAACUCCUGUGAUGAUCGCUACAGACGUAGCUUCUCGUGGUUUAGAUGUGGACGAUAUUAAAUUUGUGAUCAACUUCGACUAUCCGAACUGUUCUGAAGAUUAUGUUCACCGAAUUGGUCGUACAGCUCGAUCCAACAAUACUGGUACAGCUUAUACAUUCUUUACUGCCGGCAACGCCAAACAAGUCCACGAUUUAAUCAACGUUUUACAAGAGGCCAAUCAGACCAUCAACCCAAAAUUAAUCCAGCUAGCGGAAUCAACGAGAGGCAUGAUGGGAAAAGGUAGGGGUCGCUACCAAUCUUUUAACAAGUAG